GGAACAUGUGGAACGUCUGGCGUACGGUCUUGGAGGAGAAUGAGAAGUUGGCUCGAGCUCGUCUGGCUGCUGUCGAGGUCUUCCAGCAGCAGAUUGCUGACGAAGCCAAAUUCCUUCGCCAACAUAAGCUGAACGUGGCCAAAAAGUGUACCGACACCCUCGCUCAAGCUCACAAGGAACUGCAGACCACUGUUAUCGACGUGGAUAAAACGAAGAAGCUGUACUUCGAUGAAGAGCACACCGCUCAUGAUGUCCGUGAUAAAGCUAAGGAUAUCGAGGAAAAGCUCAAGAAGAAGAAAGGCUCCUUCUUUCAAUCCAUAACGUCGCUGCAGAAGAACAGCGCUAAGGUAUCUUCUCGUCGUGACCAACUCGAGGAAAAAUCUACUGGAGCCAGGAACGACUAUCUGCUCAGCAUCGCUGCUGCUAACGCCCACCAGAACCGCUAUUUCCUGGUAGAGCUGCAGAACUGCAUGCUGAGCAUGGAGGCUGCCGUUUAUGAGAAGGUCUCUGAGUUCCUGACCUUCAUGGGCCGCACGGAGUUACUCACCUGCUCUGCUACACAGCACUCCUUCGGGAAGAUCCGUGACCAAGCGCAGCAAUUGACCCGGACUACAACCUGCAAUGCUUGUACUUGUACUACCCUGUGCUGAAGCAGCACAUUCAGUACGAGUUCGAGCCUUGCGACAAUGA